AUGGCGGCCACUAAAAUCGAUGGCACGCAAAUUGCCAGGAACAUCAGGGAGGGAUUGAAGAAUGAGAUCGCGACGAUUCAGCAGUCCAGUCCGAGAUUCAAACCCAGCUUGGUGAUUUUCCAGGUGGGCGAAAGAUCGGAUUCAAGCACGUACGUGCGCAUGAAGUUGAAGGCUGCUGAGGAGCCAGAGAUCUUGCAGGAAAUCACCAAGGCCAACCAUGACCCUUCUGUGCACGGCAUUCUCGUCCAAUUACCUCUUCCACAACAUCUGUCUGAACACGCCGUCACCUCCGCAGUCGCUGAUGAAAAGGAUGUCGAUGGUUUCGGGGCCAUCAACAUUGGUGAGCUGGCUAAGAGGGGCGGUCAUCCCCUCUUCGUACCUUGCACACCGAAGGCUGUGAUGGAGCUCCUGCGCGUGAGUGGAGUAGACCCCGCGGGCAAGCAAGCUGUGGUUCUUGGCCGGAGUGACAUUGUUGGGAGCCCAGUCAGCUAUCUGCUGAAGAAUGCAGAUGCCACUGUGACGGUGUGCCAUUCGAAGACCCCCAACAUGGCGGAGAUAGUGAAAACUGCGGAUAUUGUUGUCGCAGCAAUUGGGCAGACAGAGUUUGUCAAGGGAGAAUGGCUGAAGCCUGGCGCGGUCGUCAUUGACGUCGGCAUUAACUACAAACCUGAUGCCUCCAGAAAAUCUGGACAGCGCCUUGUUGGUGAUGUUGAUUUUGAGUCUGCUGCCCAAGUCGCUUCUCAGAUUACCCCCGUUCCCGGUGGUGUUGGCCCGAUGACGGUAGCCAUGCUUAUGCAAAACGUGGUCAACUCGGCCAAGGCGUACUUCGAAAAGCAAAGGGAUAGGAGCAUCACUCCGCUACCACUGAAGCUGGUCCGCCCCGUCCCCUCCGAUAUUGCCAUCUCUCGCGCGCAAUAUCCCAAGGCAAUUACGGAUAUCGCUUCCGAGAUCGGCAUCGCUCCGCAUGAGCUUGAGCCUUAUGGCCAUACGAAGGCUAAAGUUAGCCUCGAGGUCCUCGACCGCUUAGCUCACCGCCGAAAUGGAAAGUAUAUCUUGGUAUGUGGCAUCACUCCAACGCCACUUGGCGAGGGCAAGUCGACGACCACUCUGGGACUUACCCAAGCGAUUGGUGCGCACUUGAAUCGCAUUGUGUUUGCCAAUGUCCGCCAACCGAGUCAGGGCCCUACCUUCGGUAUCAAGGGUGGAGCUGCUGGUGGUGGGUACAGCCAAGUUAUUCCCAUGGAUGAGUUCAAUCUGCAUUUGACUGGUGACAUCCAUGCGAUCACGGCCGCCAACAACCUUCUUGCCGCGGCCAUUGAGACGCGCAUGUUCCACGAGGCUACCCAGAAGGAUGCUGCGCUGUACAAGCGGCUGGUCCCCACUAAGAAGGGUAAGCGUGAAUUCCAGCCUAUCAUGUUCAAGAGAUUGAAAAAGUUGGGCAUUACCAAGACCAACCCCGAUGAUCUUACCGAGGAAGAAAUCCACCGGUUUGCGCGCCUUGACAUUGACCCUGAGACCAUCACGUGGCGCCGGGUAUUGGAUGUGAACGACCGACACCUGCGGGGCAUUACCGUCGGCCAGGCCAAUACCGAGAAGGGCCAUACUCGUGAAACCGGCUUUGAUAUCUCCGUCGCGAGCGAAUGCAUGGCCAUCCUUGCGCUGAGCAACAGCCUCGAGGACAUGCGCGAGAGGCUGGGACGCAUGGUGGUGGCUACAUCUAAGAGCGGAGAUCCCGUUACCUGUGAUGACAUUGGCGCUGGCGGUGCUCUGGCGGCGCUGAUGAGGGACGCCAUCAAGCCGAACAUGAUGCAGAGUUUGGAAGGCACUCCCGUGCUGGUCCAUGCCGGCCCCUUCGCCAACAUUAGCAUUGGAUCAAGUUCGGUGAUUGCCGAUAAACUGGCGCUGAAGCUGGCGGGUACGGAGCCCGAUGAGGACCACGAUGCCAAGACUGGGUUCGUCGUGACUGAGGCUGGAUUCGACUUCACUAUGGGUGGAGAACGGUUCUUCAAUAUCAAAUGCCGGUCCUCUGGUCUAUCGCCCGACGUCGUUGUUAUCGUGGCCACCGUUCGCGCCCUCAAGGUUCACGGGGGAGGACCGGAGAUCAGCCCCGGAGCAGCUUUGAACGAGGUCUACCGGACGGAGAAUGUCGAUCUCCUCCGCAAGGGCUGCGUCAACAUGAAGAAGCACAUUGAGAAUGCGCGGCUGUACGGAGUCCCCGUGGUGGUGGCUAUCAACCAGAUGGAGACCGAUACAGAGGCAGAGAUUGCCGUUAUUCGGGAGGAGGCCAUGGCGGCGGGCGCCGAGGAUGCGGUGCCGGCCAACCACUGGGCGGAGGGCGGAGCAGGGGCGGUGGACUUGGCCAAGGCGGUGCUGACGGCGAGCUCCAAGCCCAAGGACUUCCAGCUCCUGUAUGGAACCGACGGGACGAUCCAGGAGCGCAUCGAGCGCAUCGGCAAAGCUAUGUACGGAGCGGCGAAAGUUGAGUUCAGCGAGCUGGCGCAGAAGAAGGUGGACACGUACAAGGCGCAAGGAUUUGGGCAUCUCCCCAUCUGCAUUGCCAAGACGCAGUACUCGCUCAGCCACGACCCCGCGUUGAAGGGAGCACCGACGGGAUUUACUGUUCCUAUCCGGGAUGUUCGCUUGGCGGUGGGCGGUGGGUAUCUGUACGCCCUUGCGGCGGAUAUCCAGACCAUUCCUGGGUUGCCCACUGCACCGGGCUAUUUGAACGUUGACAUUGACACGGAAGCCGGGGAGAUUGAUGGAUUGUUCUAA